GCCACCAGCAGCAGCAGCAUCAUCACUGAAGAGGAGGGACUUUUUUUCCCCACACACAAGUGGACUGACACGCAACACACACGCACCGGGAAGGAGGAUAGAUGGACAACGGAAAGAGGCAUCAUGUCCAGCAGCUGCUUGCUGAGCUGUAGUAAGAGGAGGUGUUCCACUCGCAGCUCCACAUCCGUUUCAGUCCUCUAAGCGCCUCCCAUUGCUCACCCCUCCACCCACCUUGAGCGCUGCCUGGUGUUGCGGCUGCUGAAGGGCUGGCUGGAAUGACCCUGGAGAGCAGGAAGCACAAGAUGAUGUGUUCUGCCGGGCAGCCACCUAGGAGGACAGCCUGAUCCUUCACCCGAGUUCUGCUGGACAGCACAUCGCUGACCUGUGUGGCGCAUACAUGCCCAUGUAGGAGGGCAUGGCUGUAUAGAGCGACGGUUGACAGUAACCACACUGGACCAAAGGACCUCUACAGAGAGACACACAGCAGGUUCUCAUAUAACUGAAUUGUGUGGGAGAACAUUUAUGGGUGAUCCCUGUUGACAAAAAGACCUUCAGUCAACACUCAAACACUGUGAAUGACUUUGAAAAGAGCGUGGCCUUUGCAGUGCAAACCUGUCCUAUGCUGCUCCCUACUCUCAGGGGAUGGCCGAGGUCCAGGAUGGACACACAUACACAUUUGACAGACGCUGCAAAGACACUAUUGUUCUCACUGUGCUGCAGCCUCAUCAGUCACCUAAAUCUGCCUUCAUAAGUGCAGCCAAAAAGGCCCGUCUACGAACUAACCCACCUAAAGUGCGCUUUUCAGAGCAAGUGUCCAUCAGUGAUCCAGACUCAACAAUGCUGAAGGACGACUCCUUGCUACUCAUACCCAAUGUGCUGAAGGUGUUUUUAGAGAAUGGACAGAUUAAGUCCUUUACCUUUGAUAGCCGUACAACUGUGAGGGAUGUGAUCUCCUCCCUGCAGGACCGCCUCUCACUGCGCUACAUUGAGCACUUUGCCUUGGUGCUAGAGGCAGGCGGUCUUGAACAGAGUCAAAAGUUACUUCUGCUGCAGGAAAACCAACCCCUGACGCACGUGGUGCAUAGAACAUAUUUCCAAGGAAUGAAGUGUCUGUUUCGCAUCUGCUUCUUCCCCAAGGAUCCAGCAGACCUGCUGAGACGGGACCCUGCUGCAUUUGAAUACCUCUACAUUCAGAAUCGCAAUGAUGUAAUCAAGGAGCGCUUUGGCAUGGACUGGAAAUCUGACAUCACAUUACGAUUGGCUGCUCUCCAUAUCUACAUCACUGUGUCCUCAGCAAGGCCCAAUCAGAAGAUCUCCCUCAAGCACGUAGAAAAGGAAUGGGGUCUCGAGCCUUUUCUUCCUCUCACUCUGCUCCCAACGGUCAAGGAGAAGAAUGUUUGCAAGAUUCUGUCACAGUUGUUGAAGACCUACCAGCAUCCGCCACCAUCAGGCAGCAAGGUGCCUCCUCUACAAGGAAAGCUGCAGUACUUACGUGUCCUCAAUGAUCUCCCACCUUUUGGAGGAAUACUGUUCAACACGGUUGGACUGGAUGAGAAACAAUCAGCCACAACACUACUGGUGGGUCCUCGACAUGGCAUCAGUCAUGUGAUUGACCUGAAAAACAACCUCACAACAGUUUUGACUGAGUUUAGUAGGAUAUCGAAGAUCCAGCUUCAUCGAGAAAGCCAAGGGGUGGCUCGUGUGGAGGUGUCAAUACACGAGGGCAAGCCCCUGGUGCUACUCAUGGAAUGGCCAGAUGCCAGUAAUUUUGCAUGCCUCAUUUCGGGCUACUACAAACUGUUUGUCGACCCCAAAAGGAACAUCUACUUCAGGAUCUCUGGUCAGUCUCAUCUGACCAAGACAGAUUACAGAAGCUCCCACCAUUCACACCCACGUUCUGGGACAACUGGCUUUCCAAGUGGAGGGCGGAGAGGGGACGAGAGAGAAAGCUUGCACAGGGAGUCAGGGUCUUCAAGGGCCAUAGCACCUGCAGAGUCUCAGCAUCUAGGUCUGUGCCAUUUCCACCUUCAAGAGCAGUUUCAGGAGCUCCAAACACACCCUGAAGCUGAGCUUGACAUCAAUGAGAACUUUAUUUCCCAGGAGGCCCCUGAGCGGCCCCGCACCAAGUCAGACCCUACGCAGCAAAGUACAGAGGAUGUAGCUGUGGUGUCAGUGAGCCCACCAGUGGAGAAUGCCGGAUUCAGAAUCCGUGCCCAAACAAUGGCCCAAACUCAGAAAACACCACAGUACUUCUGUGACUCCUGCAAAGAUAGGCACAGGAUGGAGGAUUUGUCAACAGCAGUAAGCAGUGGUCGAAACACAGGAAAAUCUUGCUCGAGUGGUUGCGCUUCCAGAAAAGGGGGUGGCGUUGAUCUCAUGGCCCUGCUGCCCCCCGGGAAUGAAGAGGACGAUGAGGAGGAGCCGCCCAGUGGAGGCGGAAAGCUGCAACUACCACAACCAGCGAUUGCCGCCCCACCACCUGGCUUCAGAGACAACAGCUCAGAUGAAGAUGACUCAAAGAGAGGGAGGAAGGCUCCAGCCGGUGUCAGGACAGAUGUCACUACUAUGAAACAACACCAUAUAAAAGAGGAUGUACCUGUGACACUUAUUGAUAACGUGGCCACGAGAACAGUCCGAGAUCAUGCACAGGAACUUGACGAUGCUUUGGUAUCCACCUUACAAGCUCUAGAGGCUUUGGCAGCUUCUGAGGACUACCCUCAUCACCACCACCAGCCAACACAGACUGCAGGGCUUAUUGUCCUGGCUGCCAUUACACCAGAAUCAUCGUUGGAUUCGGGCCAUGAGACCAAUUCCUCUGAACUGACAGAUGUUUCUGAGAUGGUCUCAGCAAUGAAGCAAAACCAAAACCAAGCCUACCUGCUAGCACACCAUAUUAGCAAGGAAAGUCGCCUCUCCCGCCGUGAUUUCCCCUUGGCUAUCCCUGGCUGUACAGCAAAGACAAUAGGGACAGGGGCAUUUUCUGUGGGUCAGAUCCGUGCUGGAUGUUCACCCAAGCAAGUAAUCCUCAGUAAGACUGUUCCCUUUAAAGUCAGCCCCAGUCAAGAGUCUGGAAUUGUCGGUGUUGUGACAGAGCAGAGAGGCAAUCAAGAUACCGUUCCCAUUGAACAGAAACUAGAAAUGAAAGCAAACUUUGCUUCUACUAAAGCAAAUAUCCCUGAUACGCCAUCUAAAUCACCUGAAGAACUUAAAGUGUCUGAUGUUUCACCUUCAGUUCCAGUCACUAAAGAUCCAAAGUUAUCCAGUGCUUCAGGGGAGACAGAGAGGCUAAAUCUUCUCAAUGGCGUAAAGGAGAAGUCAACACCACCUCUUCAUAUAGACAAAGCCUUAUCUGUUCUUUUACCCGUAGACAGAAAUGCCUCAGCCAAGAUUCCCCAGACCAAUGAUAUGUGCCAAGAUGCCGAGACUGCCUCUAGCGAGACCAUGAAGCCUUCAAGCUCGACAGAAUUUCUGCCAGUCGAUGAUCUAUUCUGCACAUGCCCAGUGCAACAGGAACCUGGGUCCCAGUUAAGAAUUAAAGAUCCACAGGUUCAGAAAGUAGUGGUGUUUCAAACCUCAUCUCCUACAGAUGAUGAGCGUCUUCGAGCAAAAGGCCUCUUCAUGGCUAACAGCAAAGAAAAUACAGUUAGAGUGGGGAUAGAAUGUAGUUUGGCAAAACCUAGUCCUACAGUACAAACCAAGUACUCCCCUCAUUUGCCUCUAACAUCAGAAAGAAAAGAAGGAGCUGAAAGAAAGUUAGAUGGUGCCUUUGGCAAAUCUCAUUCUGAAUCACAGAUAUGCGCCACAAAGUCAUUACCUAAUUUAGAAGACAAAACACAGAGCCCCUCUUUAGAGAGAUUAUCUACUCUACCAACUAAAGAAUCAAAAAAAUUGGGCAGUGUAAAGGGGAAAUCCCAGCGCGGUGCCCCUUUUUUGAGCAUUAGAAAUUUACUUUCAGCGACGUUCCCAGCGAGAAUGAGAAGGGAAACAGAUGAGCGAAGGGCUCAACUGCAAAAGGUUCGUCAGUAUGAGUUGGAGUUCUUAGAAGAGCUUCUGAAACCCAAGUCCUCGAAGGGAGAAUUUUUGCCCCAAGGAUCCUCACCUGUACCCUCAGGGACUCCUUGUGCCUGUCAGCUACGUACCAGCCCUGUCCUAAAAGCACCAGGUAUCUCCAGGGAACAGCGACGCAGCUGUGACUGUAAGAGGAUGUGUAGGGGUAUUAGACUGCCUGAUACACCAGUUGGCUCUGCGGCAGAAACACAAAAUAGAGGCAGGGAGAUAACUACUGCAAAUACCCCUCCAACAGUCUCCAAAGCACCUCACAGUGAAGGUGCUACAAGGCAAUCUCAGAACUUAGAGGUCAAGACCGCACGGAUACGUUCCAUCAGCCUGGAGUCGAGGGAGCCAAGGGCAGAGCAUGGCACCUGCUUGCCCACCUGUACCUCACAAACAAACUAUGUGGAAACACCACAAAACAAGAAGCUCCAGAGGCGAUAUAGCAUUGGAGAGCUCGAUAACAGUACUAACACACCCGUUUAUGCAGAGGUAAAGCCCAAAACCAAGAGUCUUGAGAAAGAGAUGGAGCGAGUCAGAGCCACAGGAUUAAGACUGCCGACUCCGGUGGAGCCAGUUCAUACACAGUCUCUUCAGGCAGACGGAAAGGGGAAAAAAGGUGUGUUUUAUAUUCAGAGCAAUGAGUUACUAUGUGAAAGUAAAGAAGAGAGCGGGGAGGUGCUGCUGACCUUGCCCAGUGAAGACAGCGAUGACAAGGAUAAAUGCUGUUCAUUCUGUUUCUGCUACCGGAAAUGUGAGGCAACAGAGGAGAGCAGUGAGAAGGAUGAGCUCUCAUAUUCAGUACCCCUUCAGGUUCUUCCAGGCAUGGAGCUGGACUCGAGUACAUUUCCUGUUGUCAGCAAAACCCUGCAGGUUCUUAAUGCAGAAGACUUCAAUGGAGAGGAAGACACAGAGAAAGAGUCACAGGCACAAGAGAUUGACUUAAGAGCUUGCGGUACACUGGAGGGAAGCCUGGCGCGGGUUAAGGCUCUACAGGGGAAAUCCUUCAGCUUACCUGAUGGCUUCCUAAACGCCCAGUUGGAUGCUAAUGAAUUACUGGCCAUCCUGCGACAGUGUGCUAACAGCCCGAAAGCCGAGGGUGAGGUUCAUCUUCAGCCCUCACGGAUUACAGAGUACAAGCAGGAACUGGCAGUGCGCUUCAAAGAAUUCCGAGCAUCAUGUCGGCGAGUGGCAAGCGUGGAAAAAAGCCCAACUUGUAUGCUUGCUGUUGUCACAUCCAGCUUUCAAGUGCUGUGCGAUUUAACCCAGACCUUCAUCAAACUGGUCAGAGGGGUUCGCACAGAGACUCAAAGACAGCAGCUGUUGAGAAAAGUUGAGGAAGUAGCUAUUAACUAUACUUUGCUCCUUCGCGCAGCAGAAGAAUCGAUGGGACAUUCAAGCAGCCUGCCAACAAAAACAAUUUACCCUCAAGUGUCCUCCGACACCAAUAAGAUGAGCUCACUCACUCGACCCAUCAAAGUUCUUCCUGCCAAGUAAAGAUAACUGGUGGGAUUAUGAUCAAAUCUAAUACAAGAUCAUUAUAUAUUCAUUGUUUACAUUUUAACUGAAUGUGCAAUGGAUACUGUGGAUGCAGCUGUUCCAUCCCAUGUUUACAGGCCCCAAGGUAGCCUUGUGGAUAUUGCUCUGAAAUGUAAAGAUACACCAAACUAAUGCACAAAUGAAUAGAAUAGUGAAACAGGGCUAAUCACCCCAUCAGUAUAUUAUCAAAACAAAUGAGUCAAUAUAGUAUAAUAUUUUAUAUGUAGUGUAAAUUUGAGUUGCGUCUACUUAGAAAGUACGUAAUAUAACAUUUUGUGGAAAAAAAGAUGAUGGAUAUAUUUAAAAAGUAAUAAUUUUACAGAACUAAAUAUAAUUUAAAAAUAUAUAUGCUCUGGACAAAAGUAUUUGAGAUUUUGUCAAGUAGCGACUGCUGUAGAGUGCAUAGUUUAAAGCAGUGUUUGGUUAAAUGGUACUAUGUCGGUAUGGAGCUAAAUGUUGUAAUGAAAAUUUGACAUUGCUGUUGGCUAUGUUGGACAUGCUGUAGUUAGGACAUAAGUGACACUGCUGGACAAUGAAAAACACUCAGAGCCAAACGCAACAUAUAACACUUAGUCAUGCCGGCCUUGUUGGUAUGCACACACCUGCAAUGGGUAUAUGUAGCAGAGAUCCAGGAAACACAUCUCCUCUGGACAAUAACAUCCUAUUGAGAAGGGGUACCCUCACGAUACUUAAUACACGUGUAUUUAACACCAUUCUGCUUCAUAUGCUACCUGCAUCUUACUACUCACUUCUAAAAUAAGCCGGUUCAAUGUAAAUGGCUAUCCAGGCUUAAUUAAAGGAUACAACCUUUUUAGAGAUUGUGCAAAAUCACUGUAUACUGUAAAAUAUUAUAUAGUUUGAAACAAUCCCAUCCACAAGCAAUGGAAUAAGAUGAAUACAAUAACUUUGCACAGCUUCUGAAUUUAGAACUCAAGAUGAACUAUUGUGUAAUUCAUUGUUUUUUAUCCCAUCUUCUGCUUAAAUAUUCAUUUGAAUCUACACAAGUUUUCCAUUAUUUUCAAAUCUAGCGCUUUCAUAGAAUCCCUUGUCACGUUACGUUGUCAGGCGCCGUAUAAACUUGCUUUCUGUGUGCUGUUUUACAUUGUGCAAUCUAGGAAGUAUAUAAGAAACACACAAAGUAGUUUUCUAUGUAUUUUAAUAAAACUAACACAUCCCCCCAGUGUCUGAAAUCUUCUUUGUGUCUCACCCUCUUGUUAUCACAAAUGAAUCAAAGAAACUCUUACAAGCUGUGCUGACUUAUUGGACAAUGUUCAAAGGUCUGUGUAACAGAACUGUGACAGCCACGCUUCCGAAUUCUAAUCGGUACAAAAAUACAUAAAUAUAAAAAUUAAAAAUUAAAAACACAAAAAAAAUUAAAAGAUUAAUUAAUUAAAUUAAAAUUUAAAGAAUUACAAUCUGUACUUGUGUUAUGUGUUCCCUUUAUUUUCAUGACAGUGUUCAGAAAAUUACUACAGUAACCGUAGAAAUUUAUUUUAUAAACUCAACAGCCUCCAAAUAUCCGCAUAUUUUUUUCUAUGUACCCAUUGCUCACAAUGCAUAUACUGAGAAUUUGACAAAAUCAUGUUGGACAUGCGCUCUUUUCACAGCGUGUCUAUUAUUGUUGUUGCGGAUUUUUUCAUAAACAUAUACUGUCCUGUUUCAUUGCUCUUCGUCAGUUCUCUUCCCCUUGGGAACUGUUUUUUAUUAGAGGUUUUUGCAUUCUACAGUGGAAAACAACAAAGACUGUGGCAAUAUGUAAAAAUUUGAUUCUGUAUAGAGAUGAACUGCUCAACAUUCUAAAUGUAAAUAUUAAGACAGUGAUAAGAAAUGCUUGACAAACACUGGAUAAGAUUUAGCUUUUAGAUUUUGUACCAAUUUCAAAUAAUAAUGUACCAUACUGUCAAAAUAGAAAGCCACAUUUAAAAGAGUAUAGUCAAUUAAAAAGCAUGAAACUUUCAAUCAUUUAUUUUUAUAAAUACAAACAUACCUGUCAAUGAUCUUGGCAAUAUGAUGAACAUCAUUGUUUUGCUGUGUGUCACUGUCAUUCACUCAAAAAGGCCCCCGUGGUGAAAUUCAUUGCUUUGUUGUUGUUUUUAUAUGCACCUAUUCAUUCCUGUCUUAGUUUACGAUCCGUGAUAGUCACUGUGGUCUUCUGUCUGUGUUAACUCAUGUUAUGUUUUAAGAGAA